AUGGAAUCUUCGAAAUUCUGGAGCACAAUAAUUUCACCAGAAAAACAAUUUAAAUUUAAUGUCCCUGAGGAUAAAGUCUUGGUGAUUUCCAAUGCUUGCUUGGCCGAAUUUCCGGAAGAAUUUAAAAACGAACCAACUCGUAUUAUUCUAACAAAAAGCAAUACAUCUGACGAACCAACUAUUAUCGCAAUAUUGGUUCCUGAAAGAAAAGAACACUUUAAUCUUCAAUUUAAAAUACCAGAAGACGACUCUUAUACACUGUCAGUUCGUGGCAAAGGAACAGUUCACAUUGCAGGGUACUUCAUAAAUCUGAAUGAAGAAGUCGACGAGGAAGAUAAUGAAGGAGAAGAAGGCGAUGUACCAGAAAUUUCUCUUCCAAAUCCUUCACAAAUACAAUAA